GAAGCAAUGUCUGGUGCAUUGGCAGAACAGGAGAAGAAAGGCGGGUCAGCGCCCUCUUCUGCUCACAGUGAACCUCUGCAUUCUGAUCUGGAGGCCCGCAGAGCUUCUGGCAUGACACCGACACCUCUGGAUGUACUGGAUCAGAUCAAGGCGACAGAUGAGGCGCAUCCUAUGCAUUGGUCGUUAUGGAAAAAGUGGUUCGUCAUCACCGUCUACUGUCUACUACAGGUCUACGUGACCAUGACUUCAACCAUGUAUGUCUCGGUCGAGACCUUUAUCCAGGAACGCUUCCCUAGUACGACACAAGUCGUGACUCUUGGCCAAUCCAUGUUUAUUAUCGGAACUGCUGUUGGACCUGUUUUCCUCGGACCUUUGUCAGAUCUCGGAGGCCGCAAAUGGGUCUAUGUUGGAUCUAUUUUGCUCUAUGCUAUCCUCAACAUUGGCUGUGCUUUGGCUUACAACCUGCCUAUGUUGAUUGUCUUCUGCUUCCUCAUUGGUGUUGCUGGAUCUACUGCUCUGUCUAACGUUGCUGGAACCAUUAUUGACCUCUUUGGUGUAUGUGGUCACUUGUCCGUGCCCGCUGGUCACCAACUUGCUUACAAUUCACGUCUAGNNGCCGAAGAUGGUGCAGGCCAGCCAAUGGCCCUCUUCGUUCUUUCCUCGAACUACGGUGCAAGUUUAGGCUCGCCAAUCGGUGAAUGGAUUGGCAUAAACCCAAACAUGGGUUGGCGCUGGACUUUCUACAUGAACAUUAUCUUUGGCGGUGCUUUUGCUCUCGUGAUGUGCUUCAUGCCCGAGACGCUUCCAUCCGUCGUCAUUGCAAGAGCAGUCAAGAAGCGCAACACCGAUGAGCCCAACGCCAAAGUCGUCGCUGCCGAAUUGACCAAUGUCAAUGUGUUCCAAGAGAUCCGCUUCGUCUUGACCAUGGCGUUGCGCAUCAUGUUUACCGAACCCAUUGUCAUCUUCCUCGGCUUCUACAAUGGUUUCGCAUACGNNGGUCAUCUGCUCUUCCUCUACCUCGACGGCGUGUUUGACGUCUUUGUCGAUAAUAACGGCCUCAGCUAUGUCGGCGCCAGUCUCUCAUACCUCAACUUCUGCGUCGGUGUGACCUGCAUGUUCAUCUUUGUUCCCGUCCAAACCUACCUCUUCCGCAAGGACCGCAUCAAGCACGGCAAGCACCGUCCCGAAGCCCGCUUCCUUACCUCUCUGGUGACCGUCUGGUUAUUCCCCAUCACAAUCUUCUGGUUCGCCUUCACCUCCAACGGCAAAACCUCUUACUGGUCUCCCAUUGUCGCUGGCGGUGUCCUUGGCUUCUGCGACCCUCUGCUCUGGUUAGGAAUGCUGAACUAUCUCGGCGAUACCUAUAGCAAUGUUGCUGGGUCUGCUGUGGCUGCCUUUUUGAUCCCGUCGUUCUUGAUUGCAGCAGCCAUGUGUCAUGCCGGUGUUGCCAUGUUUGAGAACAUGAGCACCACUUGGGCAUUUGCGACUCUGGCUUUUGUUUCUCUGGGACUGGUUGCUCUGGUGUAUAUUCUUUACUUCUUUGGACCUAUGCUCAGGAGACGUAGUAAGCUGGCCAACGUCUACUAG